ACUACGCUGAUAGUACCAACAACUCCCGCUCCGCUGCCACUAGUCACCAUCUCGAGUCCCUGCCCGAUUUUUAUUACUACGGAGCACCAUCAUCGCCCACGCCCAAUCAUCGUUCGUCUCUAAUCCCCAGAAGCACCCACCUCCGCGCGAGAUCCCACGCACCAAAAACCGCGCGCGGAUUCUCGCCGGCCUCGAUCUCGCGCCGCGCCUGCUGCUUGGGGGGCCGUACGUCGGCUGUGGGAGGCGAUGGCCGCGGCGGCGAAGCUGACGCGGAGCUUCUCUCGGCAGCUGUCGUCGGGGGCGGCGCGGGUGUGGCGCCAGCUGUCGCUGGAGCCGCACACCCCGCGCCGGGGCGCGGCCGCGGCGACGGGGGCCGUGGCGGCGGCGGGGCCGACCAGGUUCGGCCUCGCGAGGCAGUCGUCGCUCGACCCGACGCCGGCGCCCGACGACGGGGCGGUGCUGGCCAUGCCGGAGAACCUGGACGCCACCAUGCGGCUGCUGUACGCGGCGUGCCAGGGGGACGCGGCCGGCGUGGAGGAGCUCCUCGGGGAAGGGGUGGACGUCGACAGCAUUGACUUCGACGGCCGCACGGCGCUGCACAUCGCCGCCUGCGAGGGCCGGGGGGAGGUGGUGCGCCUGCUGCUCGGCUGGAAGGCCAACAUCAACGCCCGCGACCGAUGGGGGAGCACGCCAGCAGCGGAUGCUAAACAUUACGGCCACUUUGAAGUGUACAACCUUCUCAGAGCAAGAGGAGCAAAACUUCCGAAAACCAAGAAGACUCCAAUGACUGUGUCAAAUCCUAAAGAAGUUCCAGAGUAUGAACUGAACCCUCUUGAACUCGAGUUCCGAAGAGGAGAGGAGGUUACAAAGGGUUACUAUGUAGCCAAAUGGUAUGGCUCCAAAGUUUUCGUGAAGAUACUUGACAAAGAUAGCUUCUCAGACGGAGAUAGCAUAGAUGCAUUCAAACACGAGCUUACUUUACUGGAGAAAGCGCGGCAUCCCAAUUUGGUCCAAUUUGUGGGAGCUGUUACACAAAAUGUACCACUGAUGAUUGUUUCAGAAUACCACCAAAAAGGUGAUCUAGCGAGCUAUCUUGAGACAAAAGGUCGCGUGCAAUCUUACAAAGCGAUCAGGUUUGCCCUUGACAUUGCAAGGGGACUAAAUUAUCUUCACGAGUGCAAGCCAGAGCCAAUCAUCCACGGUGAUCUGUCACCAAAAAAUAUUGUGCGGGACGAUGAAGGAAAACUUAAGGUGGCAGGCUUUGGAUCACUUGAUCUGACAAAAGUCUCCCAAGAUAAACUACAGAUGGUUCAGCCAGUGUCAAAUUUUGACAGUGUAUACAUUGCUCCUGAAAUGUACAGAAACGAAGCAUUUGACAGAAGUGUGGAUACAUUUGCGUUCGGUCUCAUUCUUUACGAGAUGAUUGAAGGAUCUCCUGCAUUUCACCCAAAGCCUCAAGAGGAAGCGGCCAAGAUGAUUUGUUCAGAGGGUUUGAGACCAUUAUUCAAGAAUAAACCCAAAUCAUAUCCUGAGGGUGUGAAAGAGCUAAUACAAGAGUGCUGGGAUCCAACACCUUCCGUCAGGCCAACGUUCUCGGAUAUAAUUGAACGCCUGAACAAGAUAUCUGCAAGUUGUUCCAAGCAAACUCGCUGGAGAGACAACUUCAAGCUACCGUGGAAACAAGCUGUGCACAAAUAGUUCUGAUCUUCCACGAGACUGUCGAUGAGAUUCCCCCCCUUUUUUUGCAUAUCUUAGUAAACACGGUGAAAAUUAUAUUGGUAUAUGGGACAGAAGUUGUUCCUUUACAAGGUUUUUGUAUGUCCAGUUAUAAUUUCUUUCUUUUUAUACCUCUGGUUAAGUGUAUUUCGAGUUAUGUUCAUCCGAAUGGGAAGAAUGUAUUAAGUUCCUGAAUGUUGCAAAUAUGCUCAUACCAUAUGCCUCCGAAAGUCAA